CUUCCACAGGCAGAGAGAAGCGGAGAGGAGGCUCUCGGAAGGAGUCCCGUUGUAUCAUUGGCGCUGGCCAGAGGAGAGUCAGAGACGAGGCCUGCCCUUCAUUCUAAGGCGUGGUGUUGUAAUGGAGGAAUUCCACCUGGGUACAGGGAGGCAAGGGUCACCUGGGAAGUGUCAGUGUCCAGAUGUGACAGAGGUGUUCGUUUUUGUUCUUCCUAGCAAUUGUAUUUAAUUUGUGAUGCCCCGCCUAUCAGCACCUUCCUCAUGGACAAGGCUGGUCUGUGGUAGAUUUAUUUUACUGGCUUCUCCCAAGGAGGCCUAAAGUCCUCUUCAUGGAAAAUUCUGUAAAAGUAUCUGGCUUUGUUCUAAGGCUCAGUGGGUGUCACAUCAGACCACUUCUCUGACAAAGGGAGAAGAUGGACAAUCAUGGAUAUAUUUUUGUCUAAUAAUUGACCAGCUUAUCAACUGUGACUCAGUGUCAGGCUCUGGGCCAACGAAAGAAUGGAGAUGCACAUUCACUACCAGUGGCCGGUGAAAAAUGGUACACGUGAGGAUAAGGAGAUGGCUUUGGAAUAAAACCCAUGGAAUCCAGGGACAUCACCCUUGAAUCCCAGAGGAUGACAUGAAUGGAGACUAACCUUCGGUGGCAGAACAUCUUAACCUGGACCAGCUGAAAGGGAAACAUCUCGAUCUCUCAUUCUAUGAAAAGCUGACAUGAGAUGGGUAGAAUAUGUCUGCUGUGACCAUGGGAAGCCCAUUUUUAAGUGCCGCAGAUGAGAAAGGAAAUAUUGCAUUGACUGUCCUUUCUGCCAACCAGCCCAGGUUUAAGAGAGAGAAGCAGGUUUGGGGGAAUGACAGGGAGGUCAUGUGCAGGGAACCCAGCCAGGUGGGAGCCCCUCUUCUUAUCCACUGCUUGGACACAAGAAUCAAGAAGGCAAUGGGAGAAACUCCACCUGUGAAGAGCCAACAGAGCCUGGCAAGGAGAAGGGAUUCUCUCUCACAGUGGCCAAGAAUUCCCCUGAAACAUGAGAUGGCACCAAAGAAUAAAACCAGAAACAGGUUCCCAGUGAACUCAGGAGACAGGCCAAAGUGCAAGCAGAUCGGAUCCAUCUUGUCCUCCAGGAAAUGCCCGCUUCUGUCUGCCCCUGAGAGCGACUUGUUUGCCACAGAUACCUGGAAGGUCCUGCACAUGGAGGACAACAUUCCAAGAUGGAAGGAGUCCAUCUCGCUCUCAUCUGUGGCCAAUGGUCUGGAGAACAUGGGGGCUGAGUUCUUAGAAAGCAUGGAGGAAGGCCGGACCCCUGGCAGCAACAACCCAAGCCCCCCAGAGGGAGGCGACAGCUGGAGCGAGGCUGGCCCGGAACCCUUGUCAGGAUGGAGGAGCCUGCGGCCAGCCCUGAGGGCGAGACGCUUCUGCAGGGCACACACACUGCUGUUUCGAUGGAUCUGCACAGGCCUGCUCUGCACUGCAUUCGCAGCCUUCCUGGUGAUCGCCUGCCUCCUGGAUUUCCAGAGGGCCCUGGCGCUGUUUGUCUUCACUUGUGUGGUCCUUGCCCUCCUGGCCCAUGGCCUGCUGAAGAGGCUGCUGGGCCCGAGGCUGCUGAGGUGGGCCCAGCCUCUGGGCAGCUCCCGCCUGAGCUUCUGGCUUAAGAGGGGUCUAGCCCUCGCUGCUUUUCUGGGCCUGGUCCUGUGGCUGAUUCUGGACACCUCCCAGCGGCCUGAGCAGCUCGUGUCCUUUGCAGGAAUCUGCGUGUUCGUCGGCUUCCUCUUUGCCUGCUCCAAGCAUCACGGCGCCGUGUCCUGGCGGGCUGUGGCUUGGGGCCUUGGACUACAGUUUAUACUUGGACUCUUCGUCAUCAGAACAGAACCAGGAUUUAUUGCAUUCCAGUGGCUAGGCGGCCAGAUCCAGAUCUUCCUGAGCUACACUGAGGCCGGCUCCAGCUUCGUGUUCGGGGAGGCUCUGAUCAAGGAUGUUUUCGCCUUUCAGGUGUUGCCCAUCAUUGUUUUCUUCAGCUGUGUCAUGUCAAUUCUCUACCAUGUGGGCCUCAUGCAGUGGGUGAUCCUGAAGAUCGCCUGGCUGAUGCAGGCCACCUUGGGCACCAUGGCCACCGAGACCCUGAGUGUGGCUGGGAACAUCUUUGUGAGCCAGACGGAGGCUCCUCUGCUCAUCCGGCCCUAUUUGGCAGACAUGACGCUCUCUGAAAUCCACGUUGUCAUGACGGGAGGCUACGCCACCAUUGCUGGCAGCCUGCUGGGCGCCUACAUCUCCUUCGGGGUAGGUAAAGCCCUCCCUCUGCCUCAGACAAGAGAGAGCCCAAGCCCCUCCCCAGGGGGCCCCACACAGCUCCCAGCCAGUGCGGCCGGCCUCGGGGCUGCUUUCCUGGCGGUGUCUGGACCCUGGGCUGCUGUGCUGGGAGAGGACAUCACCUGAGUGAGGCAGGCCAGU